CGUGUUUUCGUUUGCGUCCGCCAUUUUGUUUCGGUCUACGACAAGGAAGCAUACGGAACAGGGUUGUGUCUUCUUUCUACGCGAAUCUUUUUCAUUUUUUUAUAUUCCUGACUGGAUUGAAUUGCCAGAAGAACUACUACCAGCUGCACGCCCUGACGGGUCACCUGUGCUCUGUGUCCUCAGGGAAGGUUCUUUUGACCUUGAAAAGAAGCAGCCACUGGGUCUGAAGAGUGAUAUCAACCUGUUGGCAACCUGUUCCACCAGACACGCCAGGAUUAUUAUGACUAACCAUGGAGAUGACUGCUACUUCUUUUAUUAUUCCACCUGCACUAAAGGAGAUGCUUGUCCAUUUAGACACUGCGAAGCUGCGAUUGGAAAUGAGGUUGUCUGCAACCUGUGGGAGGAGGGCCGAUGUUUUCGCCCCGUCUGCAAGUUUCGCCACAUGAAAAUUACGCAUAACCGUAAAGAGAUCGCAUGUUACUGGGAGAACCAACCUGCGGGCUGUCAGAAGCCACACUGUGCCUUCUUUCAUGAGAAACCCCGCUGCAUCGAUGGACUUUUUGUUCCAGCAGACAAAGGUCUGAAGAAGAGUGAGGAAGUGCCCCCGGAGGAGCCGGUGCCCUCACAGCCCACUUUGCCCACAGCAGCCAACCCCCAGGUCAGAGGUGUUAAAAAGAGUGAAACACAGGAGCCAGUCCCAAGCCCUACACACCCCCCAGUGGUGAUCAACCCAGCUGAUGAUGAUGAAGAUGAAGAUGACCAGUUCUCAGAAGAAGGAGAGGUUGGAGUGUCUCCCAGAAAGCAACCAGGAGGGCCAAAAUCGGAUGGGUCUUUGAACUUUGGCGUCAGCACACUGGAGGAAAUCCGUCUCAGGAGAGCUCUAAAAGCAAGCAUGAAGAGGGCUAUAUAUCCUGGUGGUGAUACGUCUGCCAGUGGUGGGAAAGAAAAUUCAUUUAUGCAGACGAGAGAUGCUGUGGACUUUAGGUGCGGAGUCCCUCUGAGGAGGAGUCUGGCUGAGCGCCUUGGCAAAGUUAUGGAUGAGGAGGAACCUCCAGUACCUCAAAAAUCUUCAAAGCCUGUUAAGCAGAGACUUACAUUGCCAUCAGAUCUUAUUGCUGAAACACCAGUUGAAACGAGGUCCAAAAAACCAGAGCAAAUCCGAAUUAAAACAUUGGAAGAAAUUAAACUAGAAAAAGCUGCAAAAUCCCAGAACCCAAAAGAAGGUUCUGUUUCAGAAAUUGCCAUCACCAAAACAAUUAUAACCAAAAAUCCCAAAGGUCUCAAGAGAGCCAUCACUGUCAAAGACAACUCUAUUGGCAAUAUUCAAACCUUCUCAGAAAUGGUUCAUGCAAAGAAGAAAAGACAAGAAGAGAAUCUGAAACAAGACAAGCAUCCAAGUGAAAAGGGCAAAGACAAAAGCCAGGACAAAGCAGAGGCUGUCAGAUCCCAGGCAAAGGAGGUAAAGGAGAGUGGAGGUGAGAUCCGAGUGAAGACCCUGGAGGAGAUCCGGAGGGAGAAGGCAGCCCGACUACAGGCUCAAGAAGAGGUUCAACAGGUAACAACUGACCCCCAGGAGUCCAGUGCAAAGAAACCCCGCCUACUACGCCUCAGGAAAGCAGCUUCACAGAGCAAAGACAUCCCGCAGAAGAGUGAAGAUGUAACACAGAAACCAGAGAAGCCACCCAAGUCUACCCCUAAUCCACCUGAGUCUUCUAGUAACGGUAUUAAAGUGAAGACCUUUGAGGAGAUUAUGCGCGAGAAACGUCUUCGUAAGAACGACACUGAGGAGCCUGCCUCUUCAAGCAGCCAGACCAAAAACACAACUGAACAGCAAUCAUCAGAUUCUGUUGUCAAGAGAGAAGGUCCUGCUGUCAAGAGGGAAGAUCCUGCUAAAAUAAUGUUUACUCCAGACUCCUCAACUACCAAUGAUUCAGGUGUUCCCCAAACCAAGACCAGUCCUGCUAAAGUUUCUGCUCCUGUAAAAAACAAUGGCACAGUCUCCAAGGAGUCAGCAUCCAAGAACAUCACUCCAGAGAGACAGACUCAAGAGAAAGGAGCAGACACCAAAGGCAAAGUGAGACCCAAACUGAAUGUGAAGCCAUCUGUUGUGAAACCGAGUGUACAUCUAAAGCCUGGACAGAAGAGAAAAGCUCCAGAGCGCUCUGCUGUGGCUGCAGUCAAGCCCCUGAACAGCACCUCCAACAAGCCCAAGUCUGAGGCAGUCUGUGCAGACUCACAGAUGUUCUCGUCCACAUCCUCAGACAAUGCACAGAGUUCAGAAUUUCUCUACAACGCCGUCACCUCCUCUGACUCUUCGUGUAAACCCACUCCUGUGUCUCAGGUCCAAGAAGCCCUGGUCCCAGACGACUCUACAGUUAACCAAAGCCGUACACUGAAGAGCCCUCAGCCAAAGUCGCGUAGGACCAGUGGCUGUGAGCCGCAGUGGCUCCAGCAGCACUGCCCUGACAUCAACAGUGGACGACUUUGAUGAACUGAUCAGUGAGUUCACCACCGAUGACCCUCUGGAGGACGGCGUGGACCCCACCCUCGGAGAGGACGACCUGCUGCAGGAGCUGUCUGAGAUGAUUGACAGCUGAAGACUGAGGACUCUCACAUCGCUUUGAUAUUAUGACAUAAUGGUUAUUAAGAAGCCACCGUCUAUUAUUCAAGAUGCACUAAAUUCAUUUUAACAUAUGUAUUACAUUUAGUUUUUAAAUUAUGUUUUCAAUUUCCCAUCCUGUAGUCUGUUUCCAGAAUAAUCUGAUACAUUUGGACUAUUUUAUAUUCCCUUUGUUAUAUGACCCCUGCUUUCACUCUUGCGAAACUGGAUGUGGUGCUCAUAGAAGUGUCUGUGGACAUGCUCAGGUCUUCAUUGUGUAGAAUGUGAGUGCUUCAUAGCUGUGUAUACUGUGUAUGCAAAAUGAAACAUGAGAAAAUAAUGAACCGUGUAGCACUUCACUUGGCUUUGAUAUACACCUUAUUUAACUAUGAUUUCUCUGUGUCUGAUGUGACUGGCCCAAAUUGUUCUGACCGAAUUCGUUUUUACCUCUUAAAAACCUAUAUUAGACAGCUGAGGGACCCUUUCAAAUGGUGUAUGCAACUUGUCAUUAUUUUAAUGAUUAUUUUAUUGUUCAGUUUGUCUUUGGAUUUUAGUCAUAUGUGAUGUCUUAUCCUUAUGUUUUUAUAUUUACCUGAUUUCAGGUCUCCUGUAUUAGUGUAUUAUAAAAUUAUGUAAAUAAAAGAUUUUAAUGACA